CAUUUCGUUUCCCUUGUAGUUCUACUCUAGUACCCUCCCAUGCACGUAGCAGCUAUAUAUGCGGUUCUCCACACAGCUCGAGCACGCCGUGCCUUAGCUGAGCGCGGCAAUGGAGGAGACCAGCCAGAGCCACGGCCAUGGCCAAGCCGAAGCCGCCGACCUCGAGCAAGGCCUUACCGGGCACCUCCUCGAAUACCACCAGCGGGAGGCGUGGGCGGACGAGGGCGGCCGGCAGCGGCCCCGCGUCGGGCGCGUGCCGCCGCACGUCCGCAGCGAGGACGGCGGCGAGGCGUACACCCCCAAGUACGUCUCCAUCGGUCCGAUCCACCACGCCAACGGCACGCUCCGCGAGCUCAGCCAUGGCCUCAAGGUCGCGUACCUCCACGCGCUCAUCGCGCGCCGCACGCCGGACCCCAUCGACGACGUCGCCGUCCUCGCCGCGCUGAUCGGCUACAAGGCCGGCGUGGCGGCGAUGGAGGACAGGGCCCGCGCGUUCUACAAGGAGCACGUGGAGCUCGCCCCGGAGGCGUUCGUCGACAUGCUGGUGCUCGACGGCUGCUUCAUCCUCGAGCACAUGCUCAACCUCGCCACCGGGUACGAGGACCCGCUGCUCCACCGCACCCACUGGGCGCCGUCGCAGCUGCACUCCGACCUCAUCCGCUUCGAGAACCAGGUCCCCUUCUUCGUCCUCGCCGAGCUGCUGGCGCUGUCGCCGCUGUGCCGUGACCCGGACCUGGAGGCGUGCCGCAUGGGGGAGCGGCGCGACUUCCUCCGCAGCAUCGGCGUGCACUGCCUCCUCCGCAAGGACGACGAGGAGCUCAAGACCCUGCCCACGAGCGACGGCAUCCACCACCUGCUCCACCUGUACAGCCUGUCGCUCACGGAGGCGCGGCUGAGGCGGCCGGCGGGGCACGCCGGGUGGGGCGCCUCCGCGUGGCGCGCGCUCUGGAAGCUCCCCAUCGUGACGCUCACGCCCGUCGCCUACCUGCUGUGCUCCGGCGGCGCCGACGACGACAAGGAUCAGGAGGAGGAGGAGGCGGCGGUGAAGCUGCCCAACAUCCCGAGCGCGACGGACCUGCAGAGGGUGGGGAUCAAGUUCAAGCGCGCGCCGCGGAAGCCCGACGGCGGGUUCCUGGACGUGCGGCUGGAGGACGGCGACACGCUGGUGAUCCCCAUGGUGAACAUCGAGCAGUUCACGGCGCCGCAGCUGCAGAACCUGAUCGCGCUCGAGCAGGCCACGCCGGAGCUCCCCGACGACUGCUCCUGCUACGCCUUCUUCAUGGACAACCUCGUCGCCAACCCCGCCGACGUCGCACUGCUCGAGUCCGAGGGCAUCCUCAAGAGCAACCUCGGCAGCCACAAGGCGGUGGUGACCUACUUCAACAAGCUGUGCCAGGGGAACAAGCUGGAGGUGGAGGGCAACUACCUGCGGUCGGUGUUCGAGGCGCUGAUGGAGCGCAACCGGAACCCCAUGUACGCGUGGAUCCGCACGCUGCGGAAGAAGUACUUCAGCUCGCCGUGGGGUAUCAUCGCCAUGGUCGUCACCCUCUUCGUCUUCGCCUCCACCGUCCUGCAGACCUACAUCUCCAUUGUCCAGUACUACUUCACCAACAACGACACCGACUACUAGAUCUCUCAGAUUGAUUGAUUGAUUGAUUAGUUGCAUAUAUAUAUGCGAUCAGGAUCGAUCGAUCAGCUGCCGCGUAUGCAUCGAGUGCAUGUAUACUUGUUUGAAUGUUUGUGAUCAUCAGUUUGCUCUUCCUUCCUUCCUUCCAAUUUCUCAUGCAUCAUAUGUAUGUAUCUGCAGCCUGCAGGCAGAUGUAUACUUCUUCUAGUGUCGGUUUGUGAUCGAGUUGGUGGGUGCACUGUCGACGCUGCCAGUUCGGUACCAGCUACUGAAACGCGUGGGGGUUUGAUGGCCGUCUGCGCGCAUCGAUUGCACAAAAGGGUUGAAAUAAAAUUUGGUGUGUACAAAAAUACCAGGGCAUUGGCUAUACCGUUAUUUUACUGAUUUAUAAUCUUCUCGUUUGUCCAAUUUAAGACCGUUCGGUUUUGA